AUGUCGAUGCAAAGAAAGUCAGUUUUGAACCUUUACAAAACGCUGCUGUACUUAGGUCGGGAUUGGCCUCAAGGUUACGACCUUUUCAGGAAAAGACUGCAUAAAGUUUUUACCAAGAACAGUGAUGAAACCGACCCUAAAAAAAUAGAAACAAUGAUAAAACACGGAGAGUUCGUCGUAAAAGAGAUUGAAGCGUUGUAUAAGCUAAAGAAGUACAGAGCAAUGAAGCGCAGACUUAAGAUUUGGGAUGUGUGUGUUAUAUUAGUACUGCGG